CCCCUCUGGCAUGCCUCCCCUUGACCUCUGACAUAUUUGGAUAAGUCGACAUGGCAACACCUGACGUCUGUCAGUCUAAAAACAGCCGGACAGCAGCAGCAGCAGGCCUCAAACUGCUCGUCUGCUCCUACACAACUUCACUUUAUCUAAUCUCUCUCUGGACCCGGUAAAUACCCUCCUCUCUCCCGGUAAAUACCCUCUCUGGACCCGGUAAAUACCCUCCUCUCUCCCGGUAAAUACCCUCCUCUCUCCCGGUAAAUACCCUCUCUGGACCCGGUAAAUACCCUCUCUGGACCCGGUAAAUACCCUCUCUGGACCCGGUAAAUACCCUCCUCUCUCCCGGUAAAUACCUUCUUCUGGACCCGGUAGAAACGCCCAGUGGUCGCCAUGGAGAGCCUGGAGAAACAGCUGAUCUGCCCGAUCUGUCUGGAGAUCUUCACCAAGCCGGUGGUGAUCCUGCCCUGCCAACACAACCUGUGCAGGAAGUGUGCCAAUGACGUGUUCCAGGCCUCCAACCCCUACCUGACGACGAGGAGCGGCUCCACGGUGUCGUCCGGCGGGCGGUUCAGAUGCCCGUCCUGCAGACACGAGGUGGUUCUGGACCGGCACGGGGUCUACGGCCUGCAGAGGAACCUGCUGGUGGAGAACAUCAUCGACAUGUACAACCAAGGCAGCGCCAGCAGGCCGGCCCCGGAGCAGCAGCUGGAGCCCAGGUGUGAGACUCAUGAAGAGGAGAAGAUCAACAUCUACUGCGUGUCCUGCAGCGUGCCCACCUGCUCGCUGUGCAAGGUGUUCGGACCGCACAGAGACUGCAUGGUGGCUCCGCUGGAGGCCGUCUGCACCCAGCAGAAGGCAGAGCUCACGGACUGUAUCUCCUCUCUGGUGGGGACCAAUGAGAGGACUCAGGCCAUCAUCAGUCAGCUGGAGGACACCUGCAGGACCGUCGACGAGAGCGGGCGGCGUCAGAAGUCCCAGGUGUGCGAGGCGUGUGAUCAGCUGUUCGCUCUGCUGGAGGAGAGGAAGGCGAUGCUGACUCUGAGGAUCAGCUGUGAGCAGGAGGAGAAGCUGCUGUACGUCAGGAGCCUCAGCAGGAAGCACAGAGAACACCUGGAGAACACUGCCUCUCUGCUGGAGAGCAGCCUGAGGGCGCUGGACACCAAGGAGAUGGCCCUGUUCCUGCAGACGGCCAAACCUCUGCUGCAGAAGAUGGUGGAGGGCUCGGACACCUCUCACCUGGAUCAGUUAUUAAAUGUGUGUGUGUGCAGGAUGGUGGAGGGCUCGGACACCUCUCACCUGGACCAGGUGACGCCCGGCUACGAGAACAUGGAUCACCUGACAGGAAGCUUUGAGCCUCAGAGACGAGCGCUGAUGGGCAUCGACUUCAUCAAACUUGAUGAAGAUGAUGAUGAUGAAGAAGAAGAAGUGGCAGAGGAGGUCAGAAGGACAGCCUCAACCAAUCAGAAGCCUCCUCUGAUGACCUCAGCCAAUCAGCUGCCUCCUCUGAUGACUUCAGCCAAUCAGAAGCCUCCUCUGAUGAACUCAGCCAAUCAGCUGCCUCCUCUGAUGACCUCAGCCAAUCAGCUGCCUCCUCUGAUGACUUCAGCCAACCAGAAGGCUCCUCUGAUGACUUCAGCCAAUCAGCUGCCUCCUCUGAUGACUUCAGCCAAUCAAAGGCCUCCUCUGAUGACCUCAGCCAAUCAGCUGCCUCCUCUGAUGACCUCAGCCAAUCAGCUGCCUCCUCUGAUGACCUCAGCCAAUCAGCUUCCUUCUCUGUCUCCUGCUCAGUCUUCAGGUGUUCAGCUAUUAGCCACGCCCCCUCAGAGACCUUCAGAGGCCACCAUGACAUCAUCGACGAACGGCCCUGCCCCCUCCUCGUCCACACAGGCCCCGCCUACCACUAGCCCCGCCUCCCAGGAGGAGUCAGAGGACGGACAGAAACACAUCUUCUCGUUCAGUUGGCUCAACCAGAAGUGAAACUAUAUGUAAUAAUAAUGUUGUUACGUUUCCCUGAAGCUCGCUCUGUUUUUAUGAGUUAUAUUUUCCAUCAGUUGUUAAAGUUCAGUUGUUCUGAAACUAAAGAGAUUGUAGAAAAUGAAAUAUGAAACUUUGUUUGUUUCUAUAGUGAAAAUGUUUUAUUGGCGGUGGAGGCGUGUGGCGCAGUGGGCUAGUGCGUUGGUGUUGGGAUCAGGGGAGCACAGGUUCAAACCCCACUGCAGUCAGCAUGUCGUUGUGUCCCUGAGACACUGAAGUGCUCCUGAGGGGAUUGUCCUCAGUGUUGAGGCGCUUUGGAUAAAAGCGUCUAACAAGUGACAUGUGAUGUGAUGUCAUGUUAUUGCCAUUAAAAACCAGCUGUUUCUCACUU